GUCGGCCCCGUAGCCCCCCGCGCGCGCACACUCUCGAGCCCUGGCGACAUGCAAAUGAGUUCCUUGGUCGGAGCUCUGAUGAUGAUGGCGGUGGUGGUAGUUUGUCGAGUACGUACUGUGAGCCAACGGUCAACUCUGGCAUUUCCAUUUCACAGAGCUGCAUUCAAACACAGGACCAACGGACCCCAUGAUGUCCUCUUGUCCCGAGUCCCUUUCUCCUCAUUCCCUGGGCUAUUGUGUCUGCGUGAGAUCUGGUUUGAAUCUUAGCCCUGCCACUUCCUGACACAGGGAGCUUGGGCAACUGACUUGACUUUCUUGUACCUCAGUUUUCCUAUUUGGAAAAUGAGGGUGAUUGCGAUCUUACUCAGGGCUAAUGUCUCCUAAGUGCUCUGUGUACUGAGCACUUUAUGUGUAUUGUCCUCAUGGCAUGUUCCUGCAAGUUGGUGGGACUAUUCAUCCAGUUUUACAGAAGGCUUAACUGAAGCUUAGGAAAGUGAGCACCUUACUCAAAGCCACAGAGAGAGUGACAGACUGAGGAAUCGAACCCAGAACAUCUGACUCUGGAGACCAGACUCCAAUAUAUUUCCUCACCGACCCUGGAUCAAACAUCACCUGGGACCAGUCCCUUUCUUCUGGUCCUGAACCCCUCGCCCUCCCGCUUCUGCCAAUCAAGAGAGCGGACAAAAACAUUUCUCAGGCCUCUAUGGCUCUGGGGUUUGAUGGACUGUCUGCUUUAAGGAUCACAAUACUGGCCUGUACCCUCAGUUGGACUCUGUACUCCCUUCAGGAUUUUUCUUUAUUUUGGCUCAAAUUGACCUUGAACUUCGAGAUCCAUGGCAGGGGUCUGGGAGGCCUGGGGAACACCUGUGAGGCUCAGGGCAGUAUGUUAACCAACUGGCACAGAAUUCUCUUGCUCUUUUCCUCACCAGCAUCGCUAUAAUUGUGGAUCCAGCCCGGCUCUGGUGCCCAGACCCAAGGCCCCCACUGCUCAAUGGACACCCCUAGCCCAGACCCGUUGCCUUCGUCUUUGCCUGAGGAAGAAGAGAAACCUCUGGCCUUACCUCCUUCUGUUUCCCGGAGCCGCCGAGGCGGACGUGCUGGGAGGGCCACCUCCUCCAAUCAGACACUCAAGGCCUGCCUCCCUCGAAAGCGGGGCCGCCCCCCCAAGUCAGGGCAGGAGUCCCCACUGGUGCAAGGGGUGACGGUCCCUGUGGGCAGUGACAGUGGCAAUGACCUCCUGCUGAUCGAUGAUCAGGGAGUGCCCUAUACGGUCUCUGAAGGGUCAGUAGCCGGUGGGCCUGAGGGGCCCGGCCCUAAGAAGGCUCCACACUUCUGCCCAGUGUGCCUGCGGGCCUUCCCCUACCUCUCGGACCUGGAGCGCCACAGCAUCUCUCAUUCUGAGCUGAAGCCACAUGAGUGCAAGGACUGCGGCAAGACGUUCAAGCGGUCCAGCCACCUGCGGCGGCAUUGCAACAUCCACGCCGGCCUGCGGCCCUUCCGCUGCCCACUCUGUCCCCGCCGCUUCCGUGAGGCGGGUGAGCUGGCCCACCACCACCGUGUCCACUCCGGCGAGCGCCCGUAUCAGUGCCCUAUCUGCCGGCUACGCUUCACAGAGGCCAACUCGCUCCGGCGCCAUGCCAAACGCAAGCACCCCGAGGCCGUGGGGGCACCCGUGUGUCCCCUGGACACAGAGUCUGAGCCACCAUGGGAUGAUGAGGGCAUCCCAGCCACAGCAGGGGCUGAGGAAGAGGAGGAGGAGCUGGAAGGGAAAGAGCCGGCCUGACCCACACCCCCAGCCACCCUUCCCCAGGUCAGGUUUAGAGCUGGGGGUUCAGCUGGUGCUGCACCUGGGCAGGGAGCCUGGGACACCCUCAGGUCUGGUGGUCUCCCUGUUGUGGGAGGGGGUUGCAGGUAAGGACCUAAACUUCUGGGCCCUGCUGCCUUCUGCCACCCACUCCUGGACUGACAGGCCCUUGGAGGCAAGAGCCAUGGAAAUAAAUCACUGCCUUCUGGC